AUUUAUUGUUUAUGUAGAUAUCCAUGAAUGUAUUUAUUUUUGGGUGGAUUACUAGUAAUUUCGGAAUUGCUAUUCCGGCCCGACCCAGACUCACGUUCACCCCUGCUGUGUUAAGUAAAAAAGUGGCUAGCGCUAUAAAGCCUUUGCUAUCACCCCUGCUGCGUUUAGGGUUUUUGGCUGCUGAAUCACUGCUUCCUCUUUCGUAUCUUCUGCCUCCACAUUUUCAUCUGCAAGGAUGGCUGAGCAGACUGAGAAGGCUUUCUUGAAGCAGCCAGGGGUUUUUCUCAGCUCAAAGAAAACAGGUAAGGGCAAGAGGCCCGGAAAGGGAGGCAACCGUUACUGGAAGAGCAUCGGCUUGGGCUUUAAAACUCCUCGCGAGGCUAUUGAAGGUACAUACAUUGACAAGAAAUGCCCCUUCACGGGAAAUGUUUCUAUUAGAGGUCGUAUCCUUGCCGGUACUUGCCAUAGUGCUAAGAUGAACAGAACAAUCAUUGUUCGUCGUGACUACCUCCACUUUGUGAAGAAGUAUCAGAGGUAUGAAAAAAGACACUCAAACAUUGCUGCUCACGUGUCACCAUGCUUCCGUGUGAAAGAGGGUGACUAUGUUACCAUUGGUCAAUGCAGACCAUUAUCCAAGACCGUUAGGUUCAAUGUUUUGAAGGUGAUUCCUGCUGGUUCUGCUAGUGGUGGAAAGAAAGCAUUCACUGGACUGUGAAGUGUAGUUUCCUGUUAACUUUUUAAAGUUUUCAAGGAAUGAUAUUAGACAAAAAAAAAUCAAGGAAUGAUAUUAGACUAUGUUGCUUCCUGUUGAGUUCUUAUUCGAUUGGUCUUUAUCCUACAUUUUGUACUCUAAAUUAUAAAAAUGCAUUUAAAUUUAAAUUUUGGGACUCAUGAUUUUUGCUUCCUGUUAAGUUUCAGCAAACUUUGGAAGAUUUAUAUUUUCCUAACCUUGCCUUAUGUUUCCUCAUUUUUUUCUUGGGAGUUUUGUAUUGGCUUUGAAAAAUACGCUAUUGAUGCAUUUAAUAGAACUCAGAUGCUUUCCCGGUCUCUUGUUCCUCCUGAUCUCUCUUGUUCCUUCUGAUCGAAUACUCUCUGGCUUGAUCAUUUGGGAAUA